AUGAGUACUAGAGAAGAUGAAGAUGUCACAAACUUAGGAAUAAUAAAUGUAAAUGAUAAAAGUAAAAAAUUACCCAAAGUACCAAUAGUAGCUGCUUUUUGUUGCUUAACUAUUUUAGGGUUACGAAAGCGUAUUACUAAUGCAUUUACAUUUGUUCCUCCUAAACGAUCUGGUUUAAUUUUGAAGACCCUUAGCCUGAAAUCAGAUAUUAAUCAAGCAGUUUUAUUUACCAAAUAUAAAUCUGAGCAAAUAUUUAUAAAAGCACUUAAUGGAAAUCAAAAACAGCUUUCACUAUUAGCAAGUGGUUUAAAUCUGAAUAUUUAUCUUAUAUGGCUUCCAAGUGGAAGAUCAAAGAUUCCAAUUUCUUGUUUACAUAUUAUACCAACUGGGGAAGAUAUAGAAGACCCACAACUAUUACCACUUAUUAUUUUUAGUCAUGGAAAUGCUACAGAUAUUGGUUACAUUUCAGGAUGGCUUAUAAGACUUUCUGCAAAAUUAAAAAUGCAAAUUUUAGCUUAUGAUUAUAGAGGAUAUGGAAUAUCAUUUGGUAAACCAUCAGAAAAUGGUAUAAUUGCAGAUAUAAAAUCUGUAUAUAAAUAUGCAUGUAAUGAACUAAAAAUUCCUACCCAGAAAAUUUUCUUACUAGGACAAAGUAUAGGAUCAGCUCCUUCACUUUCAUUAGCUGUUCAUUUGAGUAAAAAACAGAAAAAGCUAAAAGAUGAUACUACCAGACGUCUCCUAGGAGGUAUUAUUAUUCAAUCUGGGAUAUUAUCAGGUUUAAAUGCUCUUCUAGCUCCAGAAUUUAAUAUAUCUGUUCCAUUUGAUGUUUUCAAAAAUUAUAAAGGUAUAAAGAAAAUAGUAUUUCCUAUAAUGUUGUGUCAUGGACUUAAUGAUCAAAUUAUUAAUAUUGAAAACGCAUUUCAGUUAUACAAAAGUGCUAAGAAGAAUGUUAAUAAUAUACCAAUAACAGUAUGGUGGAUUGAUGGUGCAAACCACAACGAUCUAGAAAUUGUUGCUAAACAAGAAUAUUUCCAAAGAAUUAGAUCAUUCAUAGAAGAGUCAAUUGACAUAUUAUAA